GCUUUCGUGUGACGCGCGCCUCUCCUGCCCCCCACGCCUCUCCCUCCUCUCACGUGUCUGCCGCCGCAUCUCAUGUGUCCUCUGCCUCCCCCGCCGCCUCUCACCCGUCUCACUCAUCUCCUGCCGCUGCUGCCGCGACUCAAUCCUCUGCUGCUGCGAGUCUCUCCUUCACGCUGCCCAGGCCGAUCAAAGUGAGCUUCUCUUCUCCGGCCGACCGUGCCGUGGCGGGCGGCGGUGAGAACUGUGAGCGGCCCAUGAGCAGAAGCGGCAGCGCCACUGAUGCGGGCGCAGCACUUGUGCCUUCCCCCAUGGCGGUUGGCGGGGGCAUUGGCGGUCACGGGCGGUCUAUGAGCAGGAGCAGCGCCACUGAUGCGGGUGGGGCUCUUGUGCCUUCCCCCGUGACUGCGGCUGGUGACCGUUUUGAUGACUCAGCGCCACGCCAGCUGCAAGGGCUGCUGGAGGAUAUGGUGCCACGUCAGCUUCUGCAGGGCUCGCAGCGAGUCACAGGUGCAUCACAGUAUCGGGCACCGCCUGAUGCUGCCGCAGCAGCGUUUCAACCCCCAGCCACAUCAGUAGCACCACAUAGCGUGGGGCUUGAUGGCUUGGCCGGCAUGGGCGGCAUGGGUGGUGUGGGCGGCGUGGGCACGGGCGGCAUGGGGGAGGAUGAGUUGCUGGUGGAGGCGGCAGCAUGGCUGGCAGAGCAGGGAGGGCUGGAGGCACUUGAUUGGCUGCCGGACCUGACAGGGCGUAACGGUCGAAUUGACGCGACUCGCAGCGCGGAAGGGGGGAGCGGGGACCGCGAUGGGCCGGUGGAUGAGAGGGCUGGCGCUACAGCCGCGGACGAUGCUUCCGACAAACGGCCACGCGUCAAUGACGAGAACGACUCUAACGGGGCUGCUAGUAGCGCGGAUGAUUCAAUCGGGGACGCGGCGCGGUGGAUCUGGGACGUGAGCGGGCGCGAUCUGGUGCAGGUGGCGCUGGAGGCGAGCCGCGCGACGGACGGCCCGCGAUUCCUGGCGCCGUGCGGCAUGCGACGCGAGCUGCCGCUGCUCGUGUACCUGCCCGGACUAGACGGCACGGUGAGAGGUGUGAGUGGUCCCACGCGUGCACACACACCCAAUACCUUGCCUCCAAUCCCCUCCACCUCCCGCCUUUCCCACCUUUUCCCUCGCCUCCUCUCCCCCCCACCCUCCCGCUCCCCUCCCUCUCCCCUCCCGCUCCCCUUCCCCUCUCCUUCCCUCUCCCAUCCCCCUCCCCCUCCCCGUCCCUCUGCCCCUCCCUCUGCCCCUCCCUCUCCCCUCCCUCUCGGCCACCCCGUCCUCCCCCUCGACGCACUCGCCGCCAGUGUGGCGGAUCUUAUUCAGCAAGAGCAGGACCUGCGGAGGGAGACCGCGCUGCUGCUGCUGCAAGCGUCCUUGGGUGCAAGAGCCAUGGGAUACGCCUCUGAUGAGGACGGAAUGCCUGCAGGGGCAGGCACAACCGCAGCACCUGCAGCAGAAGAAGCCGCAGCACCUGCAGUACCUGCAACACCUGCACUGGAAGAUGCAGCAGCAGCGGCGCCUGCGGCAGUGACAGUGGUGGCAGAGUCGUUUGGAGCGGGGGUGGCGCUCUCCCUCUCUGCUAAGCACUCGCAUCUGGUUGCCCACCUCGUCAUCUGCAACAGCAGUGCCAGUGGUGGCGGAGUCACUCGGAGUGGGGGUGGCACUCUCCCUCGCUGCCUGCCACUGCCACCCAUGCGAACCUGGUUACCCACCUCGCCAUUUGCAACAGGUGCGUGCGAGGGAAUGGGGGCGUGGGUGUGUGGGUGUGGGUUUGUGGUGGCAGCAGUGGCGGGGGUGGCACUCUCCCUCGCUGCUACCCAUGCCCACCUCGUCAUAUGCAACAGUGCGAGUGGCUUUCGCCGGCAGCCAGCCCUUCAGCUCGGAGCGCCGCUGCAGCAGGUCUUUAGUUCUUUCUUCCCUAAACCCCCUUCUCCCUGGCUUGAUUCCCAUCUUCGUGCUCUUUCCUCCUCUCCUCUUUCGUCCUCUUCCACCUCUCACUCUCCUCCUUGGCCCUCGCGCCUCUCCUCUCUGACUUCUUCCCACCUUCUUUCCCUCUCCUCCCUAUCCCCCACCCACCAUCCCCAUCCCUCUACCCAUGCCAGGCACCCUUUGCACCUCUCUCACCUCUCCUCUCUAACUCCCAUCCACCAUCUCCCCGCCCUGCUUCCAUCCCCAUCCCUCUCCCUACCCCAGGCACCCUUUGUGCCAGACAUUCCUGUCUUGGCGCAGCUGUCCUCCGUGGCGCUCGCGCCUCUGCUCUGUGAUUGGGACAGCCUGGGGGAGAGAGAAAGGACCCUCAUCACCCCGCCCUUCAGGUUCUUUCUGCACCCUUCAGGUUCUUUCUGCACCCUUCAGGUUCUUUCUGCACCCUUAAGGUUCUUUCUGCACCCUUCAGGUUCUUUCUGCGCCCUUAAGGUUCUUUCUGCACCCUUAAGGUUCUUUCUGCGCCCUUCAGGUUCUUUCUGCACCCUUCAGGUUCUUUCUGCGCCCUUCAGGUUCUUUCUGCGCCCUUCAGGUUCUUUCUGCGCCCUUCAGGUUCUUUCUGCGCCCUUCAGGUUCUUUCUGCGCCCUUCAGGUUCUUUCUGCGCCCUUCAGGUUCUUUCUGCACCCUUCAGGUUCUUUCUGCGCCCUUCAGGUUCUUUCUGCGCCCUUCAGGUUCUUUCUGCGCCCUUCAGCACGAGCGUGCUUCCACCAGCAACGGUGGCACGCCGUGUUGCCAUGAUGUCUGCGCUACAGCCAUCUGACGCCAUGCUACAGUCCAUCACAGCCAGCACCCUGCUCAUUUCGACUCAAAAGCAGUCCGGGAGUCCCAGAGGCGGUGCCCCCUUCUCCUCCUCUUUUGAGUCGACUCACAAGCAGACCUUGUCAGGGCCCAUGUUCACCCUCCCUUUGCUUGCUUGCAUGCAGUGGGGUGGGGAGGACCCGCUCAUACCAUCAGUAGAGGAGGCUUACAGGUGGGGAGGACUGGCUGACACCAUCAGUGGAGGAGGCAUACUUUCUGGCGACAUGGUAUAUGGUGACCGGUUGAUACCAUCAGUGGAGGAAGCAUAUGGACUCGCGACGUGCAUCCCAUCGUGCCGCAUCAAGAUUCUGCCUUUCUCCGGCCACACUGCCCUGCUAGAGGCGGGCGUUUCUCUGCGGGACAUUCUGGAGGAGUGCAGAGUGUUGCUGCCCUCUGCUGCCUUUCCUCUGGACCCUGUCCCUCCCUCUGAUGACGACGAGCCUGCUUAUAGCAAGGAUAAGAGCCCUGCCAAUAGCAGUGCUUCGUCUGCUGCCGAACCUGCAAUGAACGGUGCAAGCCGAAUUGGUAUCAGCAGCGCGGGUGGCAUCACGGCACCAAGUGCAGCAGUCAGAAGUUCAGGUGAAAGUUCAGGAGUGGAGGGUGCUGCAGGGUACAGCAGCGAUGAGGAGGGCGAGUUCAGCAUGGAGGGGAAGGACUGGAAUGAUGCUGACGUGGCUGCUGUGCUUGGAUUGGCCGGUUCUGCUGCCACGGAUGCCGGACCAAUCACAGGCCCUGAUGCUGAUGCUGCUGCGUUUGCCUCCAAUGAUGUGUCCACAAUGCCAAGAAAUUCUCGGAAGAACGGGGGUUCGGCAGAGGUUUGGAAGGGGAUGGAGAAGGGGAGAGUGGAAACUAGAGGGGUUGUGGGAGGGGGAGGGGGAAAAGGAGGGAUAGUGAGGAGUUUACGGGAGUGGAGCAAGGGGAGGAGGGAAGAGGGCAGAGGAGAGGAGGAGGGAGUGCGGAAGAGCUUGUGGGUAGAGAAUGAUGUGGUGCGGAAGGAGGAUGAGGGUAGAGGUGAGAGGCAGGGAGGAGGGAAGGAAAGACAACGGGAGGGACUGCAAGGGAAUCAAGGGGAGCAAGUCAAGAAGGCCAAGCGUGGUUUGAGGCUGGAUGGGUACUAUGAGAUGAUGAAGGGUAAAGGGGAUGCCGCAUGGGCUGAUCGCAUGUUCCCUCAAGCUGCCUCUGCUUCUGAAGCUGCCUCCGCCUCUCAAGCUGCACCUGAUUCUCUCUCCUCUCAGUCCGCUUUGGGUUCCCCACCCCAGUCCAAAGCUACAGCAUCUGCUGCCUCCCGUUCUGUGCGUGCUAAUAACGGGCAUGCAGAGAGGGGUGCAGAGGGCAGUGGUGGUGGUGGUGCCGGUUCUGCUGCUGCAGCUGCGCGUUCUGGUGCUCCUGAUGCAGCUAAUGGAGCUGCACUCCCCAGUUCUACUAGUGCCACAAAUGGUAGUUCCAGUAUCGGAGCUGUUAAUAAGGGGACAGGAGCUGGUGCGAAACCUGGUACUAAUGCCGCUGGCUCUGUCACUGCCACUGCUGCUGCUUCAUCCACAGAGAAAGCAAUGCAACGGAGCGGCGUGGGGAGUGUGGUGGGGGAAGCAAGGGCUAGGAGGAAAGAAGAGCAGCAGCAGGGAGGCAAGGAAGGAAAAGUGGAAGCGAAAGGGGAAGGGAAAAGGGAAGGGGGAGUGGAAGGUGGGAGGUACAUGGGGUCGGUGGAGGGGCGGGCGACGGCAGGGGAGGUGGGGCGGGCACUGGAGGGUAUGCUGGAUGACAUGCCGCAGUACCGCCUCUGGAACUGGGUCGCACGGCCUCUCUAUGUUGCACUGGAGGGUAUGCUGGAUGACAUGCCUCAGUACCGCCUCUGGAACUGGGUGGCCGGGCCUCUCUAUGUUGGUACGUGUGGGUGUGUGUGUGUGAUAUGGUCAUGGUGUGCUGCAUGCCGUGUGGUGCGUGCCGUGUGGUGUGUGCCGUGUGGUGUGUGCCGUGUGGUGUGUGCCGUGUGGUGUGUGCCGUGUGGUGUGUGCCGUGUGGUGUGUGCCGUGUGGUGUGUGCCGUGUGCUGCGUGCCGUGUGCUGCGUGCCGUGUGCUGCGUGCCGUGUGGUGUGUGCCGUGUGGUGUGUGCCGUGUGGUGUGUGCCGUGUGUGUGUCGUGUGUGUGCUGUACUGUGCGAAAUAAAGCAAUGUGUGUAG